UUGUAUAGAAUUAACACUUAUCAGUCCAUAAUUGUAUCCCUAAUGAAACAAACAAUGAUGAGAAUGUUACUGCAUUUUCGUUCCAUAUUGCUUGGCGUUCUUACUAUUUUGGUUUUGAUACAAGCUCAGGAUCAAUCAGGAUUCAUUAGCAUAGAUUGUGGUCUACCUCAACAUUUGAGCUAUAUUCAUGAGAGCACAUACAUAAAUUACAUUUCAGAUACCAAAUUCAUAGAUACAGGUGUAAGCAAGAGGAUACAAUUUAAAGAUGAUAUUCAACAGCAACUAGAAUAUGUGAGGAGCUUUCCUAGUGGAGUGAGAAAUUGUUACAGAAUAAAUGUUACAAGUGGUAUUCAAUAUUUAAUCAGAGUUUCUUUCUAUUAUGGAAACUAUGAUAAUCUAAAUGAAACACCACAGUUUGAUCUUCAUUUUGGACCUAAUGUGUGGGAUACAGUGACGUUCUCCUCCAAUGAUUUAGGGUUCGCAUUCAAGGAGAUCAUAUACACUCCAUCACAAGAUUACAUACAACCAUGUCUUGUUAACACAGGCAAAGGGAUUCCAUUCAUUUCAGCUAUAGAAUUGAGGACUUUGAACAAUAAUACUUAUACCACACACUCAGCUAAAUCAGUAUUAUCACUCUCUGGACGAUUUCACAUGGUUUCCAAAUCCAUCGAAAACUUACAAUAUCGGUACAAAGAUGAUGUUUUUGACCGCAUCUGGUAUUCUCAACUAUACAAUAAAAAUGUGGCACGAUUAAACACCACCCUUCACAGUGAUGAUCUACAUCAGAAUGAUUUUGAACCACCAGCAAUUGUGAUGAGCAGUGCUCUUACACCAGUAAAUGCCAGUGACCCUUUAGAAUUGUAUUGGAAUGCAGAUAAUGGAAAUGACCAAUACUACCUCUACAUGCACUUUAAUGAGGUUGAAAAUCUGGCACCAAAUGAAACUAGAGCGUUCAACAUCAGAGUGAGUGACACGUUUUGGCAUGGACCUGUGAUACCUAUAUACCGGAAAGUAAAAACCAUAUAUAGUACAACACCUUUAACUGGAGGCACACGCUAUCCAAUUUCCCUUUUCAAGAUAGAGAAUUCAACCCUUCCACCAAUCGUCAAUGCCAUUGAAAUUUAUAAAGUAAAAGACUUCUCACAGCCAGAAACUAAACAAGAUGAUGUUGAUACUAUCACAAACAUCAAGAAUGCUUAUGGGAUGGCUAGAAAUUGGAAUGGAGAUCCAUGUGGUCCAGUGAAGUAUAUGUGGGAAGGCCUAAACUGUAGUAUUGAUGGCAAUAACAUUCAAAGAAUCACAUCUUUGAAUUUGUCUUCAAGUGGAUUGACUGGUCAGAUAGCACCUUCCAUAUCAAAGCUCACUAUGUUACAGUAUUUGGAUUUAUCAAACAAUAGUUUAAAGGGUUCCUUACCUGAUUUUCUGAUGCAACUGCGGUCACUAAAAGUCUUAAAUGUGGGGAAGAACAAACUUACAGGGUUAGUUCCAAGUGGACUCCUUGAGAGAUCAAAAACAGGUUCACUAUCGUUGAGUGUGGAUGAUAAUCCUGAACUUUGUACGACGGAAUCCUGCAAAAAGAAGAACAUUGUUGUACCACUUGUUACAUUGUUUUCAACAUUAAUUGUAAUCCUUUUGAUUUCUCUUGGAUUUUGGAUAUAUAGAAGACAAAAAGCUACAUGGUCAAAAUCUAAGAAAAAGGAUUCAAUGAAAUCAAAGCAUCAAACAUUCAGUUACACUGAAAUUCUCAAUAUUACUGAUAACCUCAAAACUAUUAUUGGAGAAGGAGGAUUUGGAAAAGUUUACAUUGGCAUUUUACAAGAUCAGACCCAAGUAGCUGUAAAAUUUCUUUCAAAAUCAUCAAAGCAAGGUUAUAAGGAAUUUCAAUCUGAGGCACAACUUCUAACGAUUGUUCAUCAUAGAAGUUUGGUCUCUCUCGUUGGAUAUUGUGAUGAAGGUGAAGUUAAAGCAUUGAUCUAUGAAUACAUGGCUAAUGGAAAUCUCCUACAACACUUAUUUGAUGGUAAUACAAAUAUCUUGAAAUGGAAUGAGAGACUCAAAAUUGCGGUUGAUGCAGCACAUGGAUUGGAAUAUCUACAUGAUGGAUGUAAACCACCGAUUAUGCAUAGGGAUUUGAAGCCUGCCAACAUAUUACUAGACGAGAAUAUGCAUGCCAAGAUAGCUGAUUUUGGCCUAAGUAGAGCUUUUGGUAACGAUAUUGAUUCUCAUAUAUCCACCCGACCUGCUGGUACACCAGGUUAUAUUGAUCCUAAAUAUCAGAGAACAGGAAACACAAAUAAAAAAAAUGAUAUCUACAGCUUUGGAAUUAUUUUAUUUGAGUUGAUCACCGGUCGAAAAGCAGUAGCAAGAGCAUCUGAUGAAUACAUUCACAUACUUCAAUGGGUUAUUCCCAUAGUUGAAGGAGGAGAUAUUCAAAAUGUUGUUGAUCCAAAGUUGGAGGGUGAAUUUAACAUCAAUUCAGCAUGGAAAGCUGUAGAGAUUGCCAUGUCAUGCACAUCAUCAAAUGAAGUUGAAAGACCAGACAUUAGCCAAAUAUUGGCAGAGCUAAAGGAAUGUCUAUCUUUGGAGAUGGUUCAGAGAAAUAAUGUAAGCACGAGAGCUAGAGAUGAAUUGGUUUCUAUAGCUACUAUAUCAGAAACCACUAUUUUAGCUAGAUAACCACCAUUUAUAAUGAUAUUUUUGUGCUACAUAUUUGGUGUCACUUCAUUGUUGUAUUUGUUAGAAAAUCUAGUGUUAUAACUGGUGGUUGAAUGUUUAGUAGCAUUUGAUUGUAGAAGGAGAUAAUAUAUUGCGAUGAAGCUUCAAUGUUACUGACACUAAUCUCAAAUGUCCUAGUAGUCUAGAAUGUUCACGACAUGUUCUUAUAUUAGUUUAUUCGUAACUAUUCAAGUAUUCUAUAAAGAUCUAUAAGUGUA